AUGGGCAUGUUCUCACGCAAACAGCAGACACCUGCUACUGCCGGACCUGGAGCAAAUGUAGCUACUCAUGAGACCAAACAUCAUGGUAAAGGACCAUUGGUUCUUCCCAUGAACAAGCGUCCCAGUUUCGGUCAAUGGCUUAAAGUCACUUGGCUUGAUAUCCUCACGAUGGCUGCUAUGGGUGCUGUUGGACUGGGUGUUUAUGAAGCUCAUCCUGCUCCUUCUCGAUCUUUCCCAGUCUAUUUCCAAGAUGGAGAGAUUGUUUAUCCUCAAUUCGCAUACCCUCUCCGUAACGAAAUCGUUCCAAUUUGGGAAGCUGCACUCCUCGCAUCUCUCGUCCCCAUUGCCGCCUUCUUGAUCGUUCAAAUUCGCGUCCGAUCUUUCUGGGAUAUGAACAAUGCCGUAAUUGGUCUCCUCUACUCCCUCAUUACAGCUGCCGUCUUCCAAGUUUUCCUCAAAUGGCUCAUUGGUGGUCUUCGUCCUCAUUUCCUCACCGUAUGCAAACCCAAUAUUCCAGUCACCACGGCACAAGAAACAGGAAAUGGUCUCAACUUCAUCAUGUACGACCGAAAAAUCUGUACAGGCGACGAAGAUGAAAUCGAUGACUCUCUCGAAUCCUUCCCAUCUGGUCACUCCACUGCUGCUUUUGCCGGUUUCAUUUUCUUGUACUUGUACUUGAACGCAAAGCUGAAGGUUUGGUCAAACUAUCACCCUGCAAUGUGGAAACUUAUCGUUACAUAUGCACCUGUUCUCGGCGCCACGCUCAUCGCAGGUGCACUCACCAUUGACGAAUACCACAAUUGGUAUGAUUGUGUCGCAGGAGCUAUUAUCGGAACAGUUAUGGCGUUCUCAUCUUACAGAAUGGUGUAUGCGUCGAUCUGGGACUGGAGAACUAACCACAUCCCAUUGAACCGCUCAACUCCUUUCCCUGGUACUGGAGCGGAUCUUGAGGAUGCGACCUUCACGAGAAAAGCUGGAUGGGGCACCGAAGGCUACAGUGAUAGUGGAUUUGGUGCUUAUGGUCGCGGGUAUGGACAUGGACAUGGUAUGAGUGAGGGUGGAGAUAUCAGAAACAAGGAGUACCAUAAUGGAACUGGUACAUCGGGUAUUGGACGUAAACCCGUCGGUGCAGGUACAGGUCACUUUAACGGAGAUGCCGCGCAUAUCGUCUAA